AUGAGCAGCAUGAGAGAAUUAUGCUUCACAGAGCGGGAGGCAUCGGGUUUUGUGAUGGCGUGGCCUGGAAAAGGCUCCCUGAGGGGACUUGAAGCUGGAGAACGAACCAUCUCAGUGUUUCAGGCAGAGGGACCGACUCGUGUCAAGUCCCAAGACGGGGAGGACCUUGGCACGUUCUCAGACAAUGACUUGCUCUUUCUUUUUAACUCCAAUUUAUGGGAUAAAAAGCAUUUUCUUACUGCAAUCCAGAACACACAUGCAUCCAAAACAAAAAUUUCAUGUAAUUCUCCUACAUCAAAUACUAAAAUGCACUCAUAUUUUCUUUUACUUCAGGUUCAUUGA